CAUAUAUUUAUAGUGGCUUCAGUGUGCUAUUGUUACUUGAGAUUAGGUGCCUUCAUUCAAAAUAUGAUAGCACUACUCGUUUACCCACAGCGACACCGUAGUGUUAUCAUCACGGUCAUAAAAUCACAUGUAUUUAUUUACACUAUUUCACUGACUCCUCAGAUAAAAGCAGCUGUAGAAGAAACAGAAGCAAAUGAAGUUCUAAUGACAAAAUACGGAGUUUGUGAGACGUUGUCAGAUGCCCACAUGUAUGUUGAUUCGCAGUGCAUUCUGGGUGUUGAAGUUUACUAUAGUCUUGAAGCGCUCUGAGCUUUCUGCGGCACGACGACAUUUCCCAUGACGCCUCUGUCAAUACCCGGAAGAUAAACGCCCCUUUCCAGUUAACAUGACAGAUAGCACGUAGCUCCAACUUGUGAUAAUGUUUUAAGGAGUGUCAAAGUUGAUUUUCGGUGAUAAUCAACCGCAGAGCCGCGGGAAGAAGCGGGAGUUCCUCCUGAAAAUGGCGACCUUUGUCUUCUGCUCGUUAAACAGAACGGCUCAAAAUGCAGCCAGGCGGAGUUUGAGUUCACAUUUACCGCGGCUCGCCGGUGCAGCACAGCCGCUCUGCUCCGCUCACAGCCCUGCACUGACUCUGAGAUGGCUUUCCAGAGGAACCAGGUUCAGGUCCCAGGGGACCCCAGGCAGCUCCGCAGCCCGGGCGACCAGAAGGGGAGCCCUGGCGCUCGGAGGAGCCGCAGCGGUGACGGCAGCGGCGGCCGUAGCGGGCUUUCUGGCCAACGCUAACCACUUCCAGCGGGCGGAGAUGGCGACCAGGGUCUCCACGGCGGUCGAGGAGAAGGAGGAGGGGGACAUCUUGGAGCGGUGCCGGGGCUUCAUGUCUCCUCCGGUCACUGACAUCGCUGUGCUGCAGGGGAGCAAGGCGGAGAUGCGGACCAGGAUGGAGAUGCUGAUCAUGGAGACGCAGGCCGAGUUCUGCCGGGCUCUGCAGGAGGUGGACGGAGGGACGUUCAAGGUGGACCGGUGGGACAGGAAGGAAGGUGGUGGAGGAAUCAGCUGCGUGAUGCAGGACGGGAAGGUGUUUGAGAAGGCAGGCGUCAACGUGUCGGUGGUGUUUGGAAACCUGACCGAGGAGGCAGCGAGACAGAUGAGGAGCAGAGGGAAAGUCCUCAAAGGCAAGGAUGGUAAGCUGCCGUUUUGUGCCAUGGGAGUGAGCUCCGUCAUCCACCCAAAGAACCCCCACAUCCCCACAGUGCACUUCAACUACAGAUACUUUGAGAUCGAGGAGGAGGACGGCACCAAGCAGUGGUGGUUCGGCGGCGGCACUGACCUGACGCCUGUUUACAUCAAUAAAGAAGAUGCCUUUCACUUCCACAACACCCUGAAGGAGGCGUGUGACAAGCACCACCCGCAGUACUACCCCGACUAUAAGAAAUGGUGCGACAGGUACUUCUACAUCCGCCACAGAGGGGAGACACGUGGUAUCGGAGGGAUCUUCUUCGACGACCUGGACUCCCCGACUCAGGAGGAGGCGUUUAACUUCGUUAAGAGCUGCGCUCAGACGGUGGUGCCCUGCUACCUGCCCAUCGUAUACAAACACCUGAACGACGCCUUCACUGACGAGGAGAAAGACUGGCAGCAGGUACGACGAGGAAGGUACGUGGAGUUCAACCUGGUGUAUGACCGCGGAGUGAAGUUCGGCUUGGCCACGCCCGGCUCCAGGAUCGAGAGCAUCCUGAUGUCGCUCCCGCUCACCGCCAGGUGGGAAUACAUGCAUGAGCCUGCCAAAGGUACCCAGGAGGCCGAGAUGCUGGAGGUGUUACGAAACCCCAAGGAGUGGGUGUGACGGAGAAAUGGAAUGGAACGGACAAAACAUCCAGAGACGUCUUUGUUGUGUUUUCUGAAGCUGUGAAACGUCAGCACCAUAAAACUCUGCGUUUACCAAAAUAAUAAUAUCCCGUUACGUUGCGAGUGUCUGCAGAGUUUUGCACCGGUACUUUCCUCUUUCUCCUGCCUGUUUGCUUUACUUGUUGAAUCAGCCUUGAUGGCACUUUAUCACUCUUUAUUUAAUGAUUGUUAAACCCGAUGACUGAGAUUUGUGCCAUUUCCUACCGCCUAAAGCCGGACCAAAUGAUGUGACUGCACAGGUGACCUGCUUUAGGGUCCUUUUAACGAGUGUUUGUGUCAAGCAGUAGCUGUGUGUGUUUUUUCUACGCCUGAGCUAAAUGUAGCUUUUGCUCUACUUGAAGCUGCUCGACUCUCUUCAUCUUUAAUGAAGCACCGAAAGGGAAAAUAAGGACAAACUGAGCCACUGUGUGUGUCCAGACACUGCUUAAUAAAUGUACUUUUGAUGGCCAA